UUUAACCCAACAGUUGGGUUUGCUUGUCCGUAUUUUACCCAAAUUGGGGUUGAAACAACUCAGCAUUUUUUGGAGUGUAUAGUUAGGGUCGCAUACGUAUGGGUUUAGUUAGUACGGGUGUCCCCCAGGGCUCAAUUCUUGGUCCUUUGCUUUUUAGUAUGUUUUCCCACUCUGUCAAUUAUUGAGAUCUCUCGACCUUAACUAUCAUUUUUAUGCGGACGAUACCCAGAUUUACAUCCACUCAAAACCGGGUCAAGACGCGGACAUAUCCCAUCUUUCAAACUGUAUUUCGGAGAUUAAGAUAUGGAUACUAGGAACUUGAAAACGGAAGUCAUGCUUCUUCUCUUUCUCCAUCAACUGCGUAAUGCUGGUUCUCUAUCUUUGUCUGUUGAUGGUGUUGCCUUGGAGUUACAAAGUAAAUAAAAAUAUCUUGGAGUUAUUUUUUAAUGCCACUCUGUCAUUUGAGCCUUUUGUGUAGAACACUGUUAAGACCUUAUUCUUUCAUCUCAGAAAUAUUGCACGUCUAUUCUGUCUUUUUCUAUUGCUGAAAGGUUGAUUAAUUUGUUUGUUUUCUUUUUCACAGAUAGACUAUAAUGCCCUUCUUGUUGGAGUUUCCAAAUCCUGUAUUAACAAACUUCAAUAUCUGCAAAACUCGGCAGCUAGAAUUUUGUCUUAAUACUCUUUAUUUCAGGAUCGCUUUGAAUUGAUUGUUGUUUUUUUUAUUCAGUGUUGUUUCAUGUUUCUUUUUCUGUAUUGCUCUGUACUUUGUGUUUUAUAUUGUUGUGCUUGCUUGUGUUGUAAAGCGCUUUGAGAAAGCAACUUUUAAAGGCGCUAUACAAAAUAAAUUUAUUAUUAUGUGUGGGCCACAUACGUCAUGCCUCAUUUUAGAAAAGUAAAGUGCCAAUUACAGUCCGAAGUAAGAAAUAAAUUACAGUAAUUUACAACUCACGAAAAAUGACAGUCAAUUUUAUAAUGGCUAUACUUUUCUGAAAUGAGACAUCUUCGAUGAGAAAUGCGGAGAGCACAGCCUUUGAAAUGAGAAGUUCAUUUUUCUCAGUGAUAUGUGUUUGAAAUCUCCAGGGUCUACUGUCUUUGCUUCAUCCUAGCAAAAGGUGGCGGUAAUGAACUAUUGUAGUUUCUCCUCCACCGGAAACAGCAAACGGAAGAGAGAAGAAAUGUGUCUGUUGUUUGAGCUGAGCACGCCGGAGCCUCGUGUGAAGAUGGAGCGGUCUCGCACAGCUUUUGACCACUGGAUGCACAAACACCACUUCACAUUCAGGGAUACAAGAGGGAGAAACAUAACCGUUCAGUGCAACCUCUGCCUCCCAAAGAUCAACAUCUUAUCCACCGCAAGGGACUCUACAUCUAAUCUAAAGAAGCAUUUAGAGUGUCACUCACCUUGCCAGAUGCGCAAACGGCAGCACAGCGAAAUGUCGGAGCCUGAGCCUCUUUUUCUCCCACCCAAGCGGCUGAAGUCCGCUGUCUGGGAGUAUUUUGGGUAUUUAAAAGACCCAGGAGGCACCAUCCUUGUUGAUGGUUAUCCAGUUUGUAGAAUGUGUCGGAAAAAAGUGUCGGCUCGGGCGGGCAACACUUCAAACAUGAUGCACCAUCUACGUGACCACCACCCCAAGGAAUUUGCAAAGAUGAAUAGAAAGCAUUCUGUGGUGUGUAGGAAGAGAAUAAGGGAUGCACCAAGCAGUGAUGGACCAAGCAAUUACGGACCAAGCAUUAUGGAAAAUCAAAUGGAAGAAUCAGCUGAAGCAAAAGAAGCUAAGUCUGAUCCCACCAUUUAUUAUCAAACACAAUCCAGGCUAAAUGCACUGGUUUUUAAUUUCAUCGUGGAGGACGUGCAACCCAUUUCAAUUCUCGAGCAACCUGGCUUCAGAAAGUUGAUUGAAGCAUUAAGCAGAGGCAAAAAAGUCAUGAGCCCAAACGCUUUUGUCACCAGGCUUGAUAUGGCAUUUGAUAGAAUGAAAGGGGAGCUAAAAGCGAAACUCGACAAAGUGCAGACAUUGUGUACAACUGCUGAUAUAUGGUCGGUGCAGGACAGAAGUUAUUUUGGAAUGACGUGCCACUGGCUUGAGGACAAUCUCGAAAGGAAGUCUGCUGCUCUUGCCUGCACAAGAAUCCCUAUCAGCUACACCUGUGAAACCAUUAUUGCUAAAAUUCAAGAAAUUCAUUCUUCCUAUAACAUCGAGAGCAAAGUUCAGGCCACCGUCACUGACAAUUGCAACAAUUUCGUGAAGGCUUUUAAGGAGUUCUCAUCUGAGGAUGACCAAGAAGUGGAGGACAGUCAUUUUGAGGAUUUGGGCGGUAUUCUUUGUGACGGAGAAAUGGGUGGAGACUUCUUUCUGAGUUAUUUCUUACCACCCCACCAAAGGUGUGCAGCUCAAACAUUGAACUUGAUUGCCUCAAAGGACCUAGCGGAUGCUGUCUCAAAUGGAACGGCAGGUAAAUUGCACAGUAGCGCGAUUGCAAAAUGUGCAGCGAUAUGGCACAAGACCCAUUCCUCUACGGAAUCUGCUGAGGCAUUGGAAUCCAUUGCAAAAAUGACAAUCACAGUUCCUUGCCUGAAUAAGUGGAGCUCAGAAUACUAUGCCGUUAACAAGCUGAUGUCGCUUACUGAUUCGCAGCUCAACGAAUUGACCGAAGCCUUGGGUGUCACACGUUUUACACCUGACGAAACCGCGUAUCUCACAGAAUAUACAGACGUCUUCAAACCAGUGGCUUUUGCGCUUGACCUUUUACAGGGAGAAGAAAAGUGUUUCCUUGGCAUUGUGAUACCAACGUUGUUGACCCUUAAAAGGAAGCUGGAGGAGAAGGCGGCAAACACCCACCUUUUCUCCAAGGUCAUUGAGAACACUGUUAAGGCAAUUGACUCUCGCUUCAAGCAGGUGUUUGACAGUUCUGAUGCCAGAUUGGCCACAGCCACCAUGCCACAAUUUAGAUUGUGGUGGUUACCAGAAGAUGAGAGGGAAGCUCUUCGAGCACAGUUGAUCACUGAGGUUGUACAGGUAGACCAAGGGACUGAGGAAACCGAGACCAAUGGAGGCUCUGUUCAUGAGGAUGAUUUCUUCUCAUAUGGACCUGGAAGUUCUGGCAACAAAGGUGGAAAGAGGGAAGCAGCAGAAGAGGUGUGGCUGUAUCUUCAGGGCACAAACAAAGAUCUGAAAUGCCUAAAUGAGUUUCCAGGGGUGAAAAAAGUGUUCAUAAAGUUCAACACAACUCUGCCCUCAAGUGCCCCAGUGCAACAUCUCUUCAGCAACGGGGCCAACGCUGUGACUGCAAAAGGAAAUCAUCUCGCAGAUGAACAUUUUGAGCGUGUACUCCUUUUACGUUACAACAGCAAAAUCACCACUGCGUUGGAGUAAUUCAUGCUGAUGUUUAUUGUAAAAUAAACUUGGAUUUUUUUUUUUUUUUUGUAUAGUUAAUAGGAUACAUGUUCUGUCCCCCCCCCAAAAUAUUACAACUAUUCUACACAAAAGCAUGUGCCACCAAAUAAAAUUUGGAAAACAUUUAUUUCUUAGUAAACGUGUAAACAAAAAGAAAUUUGUUUCUUUUAAAGCUUGGACUAGUGGUUCUAGAACUGUUCGUAGAACAUGGUAGUCAUUGAAUAAUCUAGAUGUAUAAGAUUAGAGCUUACUCUAAAUUAAGAUUUAAGUAAUGUUCAGAGCUGUUGUAAAAUGCUUAACGCAUAACUGUAAUCACACGUUAAUGAGACAUGUUGCUACAUUGCUUAGCAACUGUAAACAAACUAUAUCACUUGGUGGAAGAAUUGUUUUUUCUGACUCUCAUUACUAAUAAAAGUGUUUUUUGAA